AUGACUCCAGAAGCAUCACUCCCGAAACUUCAACUCGGAAACAAUAUUUCCGUGGACAUUACACUCGAUUUGUUAGGUGAAUUUACGAGAGGACCAAGCGAGUCUAGCAAGGAGGCGGCAGCGAGGGCGGGGAUCAGUAUCCAGGACUUUCGAAGGAAGACUCGAGCAGCAAUACACGCGAGCCUUGCAGAGCGCCGCCCCGCUCUUCGACAAAUGGAUGACUGGUUCUUCCCCUCGACUAGUAGUCCAGUCCAGUCACCUUUGAUGAACUACGGUUGCGCCCUGACCGGCGAGGCGAUGCUCUAUUGUGCUGAAAAGCUAGGCCUGGCUCCGUCUCGUGAGGUGCGCCGAGACGGUCAAGUUAUCGAUGUCAUCAGCAAGACGAAUUCGGGAUAUCUGGGACGCGUGCAGAAUCGCUUGCGCAACCAUCUGACAUUCCUUGCUAGUGUUCCGUUGACUGGCUCCAUCACCGUUCAGCUCAGUAUCCACCCAACAUUCCUCCACACCUUUGUCCUUUUUACCAACUAUGACAUGGCAUUCAAACGGGAACGCGUCCGGCGUUACAAGCUCGAGGGCAUCAAGGCGGUUGCUGAGGAGCUGAAGAAAGGAUUUGAAGGCUACGAAGGGAAGAUUCCGUAUCUCAUGUGGCAUUGGGACACCGAGAAUUGCGGUUAUGGAUACUCGGCUCCUUGGGAUGAGUACAACUUGUGGCCCGCUAAGGAGAAUCGUCACUGGGCUAGGAAGUUUAUGAUUGAAGAUACUGACGACCUCACAACGCACGAGCAGCAGGCUCCUUCUGAGGCACGCGCACGCGGGAGACUACCGCGCAAGAAGUCAUUGCGCGCGGAAGACGAUGGCCUGAAUGCUCACGCGCCCUCACCCUCCUGUGGCGCCAUGACUUCAGAAACACCACUCCCCAAACUCCGACUUGGGAACGACAUCUCCAUAGACAUCACGCUCGAUCUCUUGGGUGAAUUCACCAAAGGGCCAAGCGAGUCCAGCAAGGCGGUGGCUGCGAAGGCGGGAAUCAAGAUUCAGGACUUUCGCAAGAAGACUCGAGCAGCAAUUUACUCAGAGCUGGCAGAGCGCCGACCGGCUAUUCGAAAAAUGGAUGACAGGUUCUUUCCCUCGGCCAGCAGUCCAAUCCAGUCUCCCUUGAUGAACUACGGCUGUGCUCUGACUGACGAGGCGAUGCUCUAUUGUGCUGAAAAGCUAGGGCUGGCCCCGUCUCGCGAGGUGCGCCGAGACGGUCAAGUUAUCGAUGUCAUCAGCAAAACGAAUUCGGGAUAUCUGGGACGCGUGCAGAAUCGCUUGCGUGACCGUCUGACAUUCCUUGCUAGUGUUUCGUUCACUGGCUCCAUCACCGUUCAGCUCAGUAUCAACCCCAAACUUCUCUACACUUUCGUCCUCUUUACAAACUAUGACAUGGCUUUCAAACGCGAACGCGUCCGGCGUUACAAGCUUGAAGGCAUCAAGGCUAUCGCCGAGGAGCUGAAGAAAGGGUUUGAAGGCUACGAAGGGAAAACCCCUUAUCUCAUGUGGCAUUGGGACACCGAGAACUGCGGUUAUGGAUACUCGGCUCCUUGGGACGAGUUCAACUUGUGGCCCGCCAAGGAGAACCGUUACUGGGAUAGGAAGUUCACAAUUGAAGACGAGGACGACUUUACAACGAAUGAGCGUCGGACUCUCCCUGUACCCCAUAUACGUGGAAGACUACCUCGCGAGAAGUCUCUGCGCGCUGAAGACGACGGCCUUCACUCCAAGUAG